GCGCCGUCCCGCCCUGUUCCCUGCCUCGGUCCCCGCUACGCAGCUCUGCGGACUCUCGCAGCCGUCGUCGCCAAAAUGUCUGCGGGUGCACUUGCAGAUUCAAGUGCUGCCGCUGGCAGUAGUCGAAGACUUCAGCAGACUCAAAAUCAAGUAGAUGAGGUGGUGGACAUAAUGAGAGUUAACGUGGAUAAGGUGUUAGAAAGAGACCAGAAGCUCUCCGAGUUAGAUGACCGUGCAGAUGCACUGCAGGCAGGAGCUUCUCAGUUUGAAACAAGUGCUGCCAAGUUGAAGAGAAAAUAUUGGUGGAAGAAUUGCAAGAUGUGGGCAAUAGGGAUUAGUGUUCUGAUUAUCAUCAUCAUCAUCAUCAUCGUGUGGAGUGUCUCUUCAUGAAGAACCAGUGAAACUCAAGCCUGCUGUUCAAGAAACCUCUUCAAGACUUUUGACUUAGAACCUGCUAUAUUAUCAAGCUUACCUACUGUUUUAUCUAAAAUGUUUAUUUUUUGUUAGUUAAUGUAAAGUUCAAUUUCUAGGAAAUGUGCCUUUGUUUUUUAAUACACACUCCACAUUAGAAGUAUGGCCAGCCCUAUCCACAUUUUGCACAGUGCCUUUACAGAUUUACAUAGGGGCUGAUGAAGAGGACUUCUUAAGUUCCAGAGUACUAUAAUCUAGAUGUAAUGUUGUCACUAAUUAAAUGCUGUUGAUCCCAGUUAAGGGAAUUUGUGCCAAGUUAGUUAUCCUUGUCAUACUGCAUUGUCUUCAGAACCACAUUUUAAACCCCUGGGUAAUUAGAUUUCCAACUUGUGCCUUCCAGAAAGAACACUACUGCCUAACAGAAAGAACACUACUACCUAACGCAAAUCUGUGACAGUAAUAGGCUGUGCCCUAUUUUGAUAUUUUUCUGAUUCCCUUUAAGAGAAUCCUCUAUGUUUUUGUAAGCACUACUGACUUUUUUGCUAUACUUAAAAUAAGAUGCUGGUAAAGAGUUUCUGCUCUUACAUUAGAUAUGAAGAUGUUUAUUUUCUUGUUGUUUUGUAUCACUUGCUAAAAAUACUAUUGUAAUCAGAAACAAUAACCCUUUUAAAAAGUUUUUUAGAGCUAUGGCUAUGACCAAAGUUUCAAUUUUGCCAAAAAGUUAAAUACUGAUGAAAUAUCGUUAAGUCUGUUCACAACAGAUAAAUUCAGAAAAGUGCCAAGUGGAACUGAAGGUGCCUUUCAAAAUUAAAAUUGUAAUAUUGUGUGUGUACUUUCUACAUCUUGACAGAUCUUUCUUGCCUUUCAAAUGUUGUAGAUGAUGCAACUCCCCUUCUGAGUCAUCAUUUUUCAUGAGGGGAUAGAGAACGUUUGAGCUAGACUCUGACUGCCUCAGAGCUACAGACAAAGAGUUUUACCCAGCAGUUUGCAGAUUAUCAGCUGUAGACGCCAACGUGUUUCUAGUAAUUAUGCGAGCAACGGUUUUGUGCCUUCAAGUAAGAUCGUCUGUGAACUUGAUCGUUAUCUGGCCCAGUCCUCAUAGACUAUAGCUUUUUGGAAUUUGUUUCCUAUUUUUACUCAUAUUCUACGUCCUAAAUCAGUCUUGUAAAUUAUGCUUGCAAUUAGGCAUUGGUCAGGGGAGGAUGACUCUUUUCACAGAGAAUAGCUAACCAGAGACAUUUUCUUCCUUCAAUGUCAUAAACUGUCCGCACAGGAUGCUGCUUUGGAAAUAGGUGUCAUCUGAGAGAGUUUGUCUACAUGAGACUUUCAGCAUCAGGGUAUGUGGCGUAAAGAUGGGAGCUAAGGUAUGAAUGAAAACAGGCAAGGAGGCACUGAGGGACAAACACAGACUUGAUUGCUCUGUGGCCCACUGUCAGUAGAAAGUUCUAAAAUUCUUGUUCCCAUGCUAUUACAAAGCAGCAACAGCUUAGGUGCACCGGGACACAGGUUCUAUUUGUCUAGUCUCUGUUCCCCUGACAUCACUGAAAUGAUGGAAUGUUGAAGACGUGCCUUGCAGUAUGCCCAGCUGUGAGGAGAAAGCAGCUGUCAGUGUUGGGACAUUAGCCCACCCUCAGCACAGGGUCUCUGACCAAGUCUAACUCUGAAACCUUGGUGCUCUCUCCUUGGCCUCAGUGCUCAGUCCCAUGUAACCCACUGGCUCCUGCAUUAACCCAGGAAUACCUCGCUUACAUCUGCAUUUAGCUGGGAACUUGCCCACUGUAAUGACCUGAAUAAAAUGUUUAUAAAUAUGA